AUGGGAAGCGCUAAAGUUCUCGACGAGCAGCGAAAGCGAGUUAGGCAGGCCUGCAACGGCUGCCAGAGCCGCAAGCAAAAGCAAGGGAGAAGGGAAAGAAUUAACAAGACGAGACAGUGCGACGGACAGACGCCUUGCUUGGUCUGCGAGAAGCGAGGGCACAAAUGCUUCUACGAUCCUCUUCGGAAGCGCAAGAACAUCACCCGCAUCCCGAAGAACGAUGGCAUCGUGCCGUCCCCUCAGAGCUUGACCAGUCCGUUUCCGCUACAAAGCAUAAAGCCGGAGCCUGGCAACUCGCCUCACUUACACUCGCCUCUAGCCACAGGCUUCCUUCCCCCCGGACUGUCUAACUCCCCGUCGGCCAUUUCGGAAUGGAGCCAUCCGUCCGAUGUUCUGGUGGACAGGUACGAACCGGAGGCUGCUCCUAGAGUCCCUAAUCAACCUAGCGUCCCCGUCUGUGGCUCCUCGCCGGCUAGUUUUCUCGCAGAGACUAAGAGACUAGUAUUGCUCAUGUCUGGGCCAUGUCCCUUCACGCAAUGUCACAACAACCUCAGCAAGAUGGGGAGUAAUUCCCGUUCGCAGCAACUUCCCACUCAAGUGCCCUUGCCUGCCCAGGACAUAGCAGAGAACCUCGUGAAGCGAGCUUCUCAAUACAGUAACCACCAGGGUGAGGAAUCAAUCCACGAAAUCCACUGGUUGACCAAUAUAUUGACCUCAACACGCGUCAACGUCAACCCACGACUUGAAUUGUUACAUAAUCAACCAAUCCACGGUGCUGCGCAUUUUGAUGGACGAUAUGGAUGGAUUGACCAGUCGUCCAGCAUCGCGAGAAACGGAAGCUCUGCUGCAGGCGAUGAUACCCCGCACGAUGCUUUACUGCUCCCGAGGCUUGCCCUUCUAGACGCGGGAAAAAUUCCUUUGACAUCCUGGACGCCAUCCUCAGAUGAGGAGCAGCGCAUAUUCCGCGUCUGGAAGGGCUUCACACUAGCCGAACGAACCAAGGAUACGGUGUCUUGGAUAUGGGACUACGGCGUUGAGAUUCAAUCAGAAGCGUCCAGGCGAUGGAUCUGCAUGCCGUGCGUGCGCCAAAAAGCAUCAUCACCACAGUCAUACGAAUCAAGAGGCACACAGAAUGCCGAGCACCACCUCUGGAAGUCUCACGGCUACUGGGAUCCGUCAGGACGACGACGAACGCCACUGCAGACGAAAGAGGGAAGGAAAGCCUUCGCAUCGAUCACAGACCUCAUGGGCCUCAAACGUUUGGAGCCUAACGACCAGGCCCUGGCGAACAACCUAAUCCGACGAUUCGAUCAAGCCGAGUUCCAGAAGCUGGUGGUGAACUGGAUAGUAGAGAGCCAGCAGUCAUUCAGGCAGGUCGAACAUCCACGUCUGCGACAAAUAUUCGAAUACCUGAAUCCUGCGGUGCGUAUCAAGGAUGCGCAUGUUACUGCUAAGACUAUCCAGAGCUUGGCUAUUCAGCAGUUCGAGCGCCAUCGCGAUGCCGUUCAGCAUGCAUUGAGGAGGUCUCCGGGCCAGAUACAUAUCGCUUUCGAUGGCGCGAGGACCAGAAACCGUCACGCAUUAUACGGCGUGACGGCUGUCUUCCGAGAUGAGGACAACCAACUCCGAAAGCUUGUCCUGGGCAUUCCGGAGCUGGUGGAACGACACUCCGGCGAGAAUAUCGCUGCUGAGAUCCUUGACAUUAUUCGCUCCUUCGGCAUCGAGGACAAAGUGGGUUACUUCACCCUCGACAAUGCAGCGAACAACGACACGGCGAUGCGCGAGAUCGCGCAAGAGUUGCACUUCGAUCCGGUGCGACGGCGCGUUCGAUGCGUUGGCCACAUUCUCAAUCUCGUCGUCAAGUCCCUUCUGUUUGGAAAAGAUGUCGAGGCGUUUGAGGACACCGUCGCGAAGGGCGAAGCACUGGCAAGGGCAGCGCACGACACGUGGAUGCGGAGAGGCCCCGUCGGCAAAGCUCACAACUUUGCCAUUUGGGUCCAUCGGUCGGAUGUUCUGACGCAGUUGCUUCGCCAAAUCCAACAAGACUCGUAUGCGGCAGCUGACGACGCCGAAGUUGGGAAGCAACGGCCAGUCGACGUGGUUAUUGACAACGAUACCAGAUGGCUAUCCCAAUACUACAUGAUCAAGCGGCUGUUGCGACUGCAGCCUUUCUAUGAAGAGUUCAUUGCUAAAGCAAAGAGAAUCUUCCGAGAUGGCCGGAGAGGAGAGGUAGGCCGGAGGUUUCCUCCUUGUCUUGAGGAGUCAAGCUUCCUCACCGAGAACGAUUGGGCGGUGCUCAGGACUUUUGACGAGAUCCUCUCGGACUUCCACGUGGUUGUACAAGCGCUCCAGGGCGAUGGGCAGCCGCGUUGUCGCGCCUCCGGCAUACGAGAGACCUUCGGUUCGAUGACUGACGUGCUAGAGGCAUUUGAGUUCCUUCUGAGCAAGCUGGAAGACGCAAAGUCGCAGAUCGAGACGCAUCCCGAGCCGGAGCAUUUUGGCAUUAACGUCAAUCUUGGCUGGAUGAAGCUGGACAAGUACUAUAAUACCUUGAGAGACACGCCGGUCUACUACGCUGCCGCUGCUUUGCAUCCUGGGCUGCGAUGGACUUAUUUUGACGAGAUUUGGGGCCGGCACCACCCGGAAUGGGUUGAAGAAGCGAAGCAGAUUGUGCAGCAGCUCUGGAGCAAUGAAUAUACCGGGUCUCUCGCAGUAGAACCGCAGCAGAUUACGAAGUACCUCCAUCCAUCUCCCUCGGAGUCUCUUCCACAGUCAGAGGAAUACUUUAAGUUUGCCGAGGCGACCCUGCGCAUAGGGGGCUACGAGACGUUCGAGGUGUGGAUGAUCCAAGCAUGGGCACUCAUGACGACGUACUCCCUUGCUGUCUUGAAGUGGAAUGCUGCCGAUGUCUAUAUAGGAUUAGCAGUAAGGGCCGCAGACGUACUGGGUAUCAUCCACGCCCCGGGAUCUUCGUCCCGUGCGCCAAGCGAGGUCAAGACAAACAGCGCUCUCUAUGGAAAGCUUUGGAAGUGUCUUUUCGUCCUCGACUCCCUCGUCGCGGCGCUCGUCGGGCGGCAGCCUCAAGCCUUCAAGGAGGAAAAAGGCAAGCCGGCCGCCGCCGCUGCCGCCGCCGCGACGGAUUGCUCACCACCAAGUCCUCAUGGCCGCGACGACUAUCUCGCGUUCAACGUGGCCUCGGCUAAUACGAUCCGCAGGACUAUUAAGCUCGUCUACAACCAGCGGCACCUCCCGGCCGAGCGUGCAUUGUCGAUGUUACAACAAGCGCAGCUCUACACCACGCCCACUCCCGUGUGCUUCCAGGGGCAGGACGGCGCUGACACUUUAGCCACGCAGCAGGCCGUCCUGUUCCGCAACUAUGCGGCUAUUUUGCUCACGUGGCCCUUCUUCGUCCAGGGGCUAUACUAUUCUUCUAAGCAGCAGCACGACACGUCGUGGACGUACUUGUCCACUACGUGCGUCAUCACCGCGCACCAGUCCGUCGAGCGCAUAUACGAGGCGCAUAGUCAGUCCCCGGAGUUUCGAAACGACUGCAUGUGGCGACCGUAUCUAUAUACAGCCGUCUUAGUCAUCCUCACAAACCAGUUGUUUGACUAUCACAAGUAUGAAAAUUCAGGCAUCGUCAUCAAGCAAGCCUUUGCCAUCCUGGAGCCCUGGACCGCGCGGAGUCCCACGGAAGAGGGCGAGCUCAACAGCCUCUCCUCUCUGCGCUGCCUCGUCGACGAGCAGAAACCACGGCGAUUGCCGGCUAUGGGCGGCGUCGGUGGCGGGGGGCCCGUUUACGUCAACAUGGGCCCUUACGGUGGAGCAACGGCUGGCUAUGAUGGGCCGAGCGCUGGCAGGACCGACGGCGGCGUCGGGCGCUGCUACUCCGCAGCGCCGGAUUACAUAAACUCGGCGCCGAUGGGCGCGGUAGGCAUCGCGCAAUCGGGCGCGUGGAGCGCAUACGCUUCCCCGAGCAUCAACCUGACGCACUACGCGAGCGAUGCAGGACGCUAUGGGCUUGCGAUGCAACAGGACGGAUAUGAAGGCGAUGCCAUUCAGGUGACGCAGGAUUAUACGGCGUAUCUGGGACCAUAA